AUGUCCUGGGUGUUUGCAGAUAAAGAGGUGAUAUUGAGUGGAGGAUCCAUCAACUCCCCUCAGCUUCUCAUGCUGUCUGGGGUGGGAAACGCAGAUGACCUGAAACAACUCGACAUCCCUGUGGUUCAGCACUUACCAGGUGUUGGCAGUAACCUGCAGGAUCAUUUGGAGCUGUACGUCCAGCAGCAGUGCACUCAGCCCAUCACCCUUUUCAAGGCUCAGAAACCUUUCCAAAUGGUCAAGAUAGGCCUGGAGUGGCUCACUCGGUUUACUGGUUACGGAGCAUCAGCCCAUAUGGAGAGUGGAGGGUUUAUACGCAGUCGACCACACGUCACACAUCCCGACAUCCAGUUUCACUUCCUGCCCUCACAGGUUAUCGACCACGGACGAGUUGCCUCCAAGCUAGAAGCGUAUCAGGUUCAUGUUGGACCAAUGAGAAGCACAAGUAUCGGCUGGAUAAAGCUGAAGAGCGCCAACCCUUCCGAGCACCCAGUUGUGCAGCCAAACUAUCUCUCCACUGAUAUUGAUGUGUGGGAGUUCAGGGAGUGUGUCAAACUCUCCAGAGAGAUAUUUGCCCAGAAGGCUUUCAAUCCUUUCCGUGGUCCCGAAGUCCUGCCCGGUCCUCAGGUCCAAUCUGAUGCCGACAUUGACGCUUUUGUCCGCCGGAAAGCUGAUAGUGCCUACCAUCCGUCCUGCACCUGCAAGAUGGGCUCGCCAAAUGACCCGAUGGCGGUCGUUGACCCCAACACGCGUGUCCUGGGUCUGGAGCGGCUGCGUGUGGUUGACGCCUCCAUCAUGCCCAGCAUCGUCAGCGGCAACCUCAACGGGCCAACCAUCAUGAUGGCAGAGAAGGCUGCUGACAUCAUCAGAGGUCGCCCUCCUCUUGUCGACCCAGGGGUUUCCGUGUACCGGCCGCCAACACUCGACACGCAGAGAUGAACAGCGUUAAUUAGAGAAAUAACAGCAGACACCAUUUAGGACCCAAUUAAAGGGUAAGUGUUGGUCAGGAAGCGUUCACAGCAUAAUCAGUCAUUACGCACCAACAGCUGAUCAUUUUGCCCUUGGUCUGAUAUUGUAAAUUUUAAAAUUUGAGCGUGUUGUGUUGUUAACUCAACUGAUUUGCACACAAUAUAUUAUAUCAGUGUUAGAUGUGUAGAAAGCGCAACCUAAAUUCAAGGCCAUAUUUUUGCUGCUUUACCUCCUAAGCCACAGCCUCCCAUAUAUAAAAGAAUGGUUUCCUCCGUUCUGCAGUUAGUGAGAUUUCAAUGACUAAAACCAACCUUUUGUUCAGGUUAACUGGGUUGACUCCUCACACUGUAGCAGAGUGUGUGUGUGUGUGUGUGUGUGUGUGUGUGUGUGCCUCCUUCCCAUUAACACUAACAAUGCUUCUAUAACACUUCAACCACACUCUAUUAUCCUGAGAUUAUUGACUCUGAGGUUCAAGUGAAAUUCCACAGAGCAUAAUGCUUUGUAAAAGGAAGAUUUGACACCUGUCACCACCACAAUUUUGCAAUUGCUUUUGCCCCUAUUCAUUUUGACUAGAAAAGUUUUUUUUAACACCACCACAGCCCGUCCUAGAUUGUGUUUCUUCAUCAGAUAUUCAGCAGCCAAAGUUAUGAGUGAUCAUUGCUCUUGUUGUCUGACUGAUGAUAAGCAAACUGGGUGUCAUGCAGUUUGUUUUGUCUGUUAAGAUCAGUUGUCACCCAGGUUACGUUCUUCUUCCUUCCUGAAAAGUUGCAGAUUAAACAGUUUGACAAAAUAUUGGUUUGGUAUGUUGCACGCAUUUUAAAUCAGCGAGGAAAAAUAAAAAAGAGCAUGUUCAAUUCCACUUGUAGUAAAUAGAAAAGAAUCAUUUAGCCUCUUCUCAUAAAACACAGUUUGUUGGAGCCAGAUUUCCAGGCUGACAUAAAUACGCUUGUAAAUUCCAGAUGCCGUCAUCUCAAGUUGAUACACUAGGAUUAUUUUAACGUUUUUGAAAGAACUGCUUUGGGUCCAGAAUUGAAUUUUAUUUGCUCUGAUCAAGAUUAAAACUAAUAGGUCCUGGUCUUGGACAAUACUCUUCACUGGCAAUUUAGUAGAAAUCUGGAAGGGGUUUGCCCAAAAAUCUGGUAGUAUGAAUUCGAAUUUGGUUGUAUACAUUGUUUCCGUACCCGGGUUGAAACCAGUCACUUUAACUGUUGUAGGAUCUGUCUGCAGUGAGACUGCAAUCUUCACUCCCACAGGAAGAAAAUUAAUGUGCUAUGUGGUGAAACCAUUAUUUGUUGCAUUGUUGUCAAGACAACAGUAGGGAUAAAAUCCCCCACAGAUAUGAGCAGAGAAACAUGUACAAGUCUGUUCUCCCUAGGAAAGGUACCCUUACUGCUGCUGUUCUAUCAAGUAUUAGUUCACAACUUUCAGUUUCCAAAUCAAAUCUGGCUAUUAUAGACUAGGGCUGCAACUAAUAACUAUUUUCGUAGUCGACUAAUCUGUUAAUUAUUUAUUUGAUUAGUCGACUAGUCACAAUUUUUUUGUCACCCCCUAACCCUAAUUAAACCAUUUAACUA